AUGGCCUCUCACGAUGCCUCCGCGGUGCAGCCGGACAUCAAAAAUGCUCUACACACCAAGCAGGCCGAUAUCGAGCAGGGCCAUGUUCCGGAGUCUAACCCGGGCGAGCUGAAGAGGAAGCUCAAAAGCCGGCAUCUCCAAAUGAUUGCAAUCGGUAAGGUGUCAAAGCGAAAGCAGAACACGUCAAACCUAACCUGGCCAGGAUUAUUUAUUUCUAGCGGCACCGCCAUUGCAUACUCUGGUCCCGCCGGCGCGUUGAUCGCCUACAUUUUCGUCGGAACCAUCGUCUAUUCGGUCAUGAGCUCCCUGGGUGAAGUCGCAACUUACAUUCCGAUUCCCGGUGCAUUCACCUCGUACGCGGCACGACUGAUCGACCCCAGUCUUGGAUUCUCUAUGGGUUGGAUCUACUGGUUCAAUUGGGCCUCGACGUUUGCCGUCGAGCUAACUGCCACGGGAACCAUCAUUCAAUACUGGGAUCCAACUUUGAAUAUUGCGAUUUUCAUCGGCGUGUUUUGGGUGCUGAUCACCGCAUUGAACUUCCUACCUGUGAACUUCUACGGCGAAUUGGAGUUCUGGUUCUCAACCAUCAAAGUGGCUACCGUCAUUGGGUUCAUGAUCUUUGCUAUCUGCGUGGACUGUGGAGUGGGACGGCAAGGGUACCUUGGUUUUCAAAACUGGAAACAGCCGGGGGCUUUUGCUACACACAUCAUCGAUGAUCCCCCAUCUGUCGGUAAGUUUAUUGGUUUCUGGACAGUGCUGAUUCAGGCCGGGUUCUCCUAUCAAGGCACCGAGCUGGUUGGUGUGGCAGCUGGCGAGACCGAGAAUCCACAAAAGACCGUUCCAUCAGCUAUCCGCAAGACCUUCAUUCGCAUUCUUCUGUUUUUCGUCUUGACCAUCUUCUUUAUUGGACUGGUGGUGCCCUCGGACCACGAUCAUCUCGCCACGGCCACCACGAAUGCAUCCUCCUCUCCUAUGGUCAUCGCGGCGAAGUUGGCGGGGGUCAAGGUACUUCCAAGCUUGAUCAAUGCCGUGCUGUUGACUGUGGUAUUAUCUGCAGCCAAUUCAAAUGUCUAUAGUGGCAGUCGGGUCUUGACGGGGCUCGCGCAUGAGGGCUUCGCGCCGCCAUGUUUUGCCUGGGUGACGCAACAAGGCGUUCCGUACGUCAGUGUUUCAUUCACUGCUGCCUUUGGUUUGCUGGGAUUCAUGAAUGUCUCCAAUCAAGCAGGGCAAGUAUUCAAUUGGCUGGUCAAUCUGUCGAGUGUGGCAGGAUUCGUAACGUGGUCUUCUAUCAACGCAUGCCAUAUUGCUUUUAUGCGUGCACUGGCAGCACGAGGCAUUUCCCGUGAUACACUCCCUUACAAAGCCAUCUUGCAACCAUAUCUAGCAUGGUAUGGUCUGUUUUUCAAUGUCCUCAUUGCUCUGACCCAAGGAUUUGGGUCCUUCAUCCCGCAUUUCCGCGCCUCGGACUUUUUCGUGGCCUACAUCUGCCCCAUCGUCUUCGUUGUUCUCUAUGUUACACACAAAGUUAUUGUUCGACCACAAUUUGUUCGGGCCUCGGAGGCCGAUAUCGACACCGGUCGACUUCACUAUGAAAAAGACGUGACGCCUCCAAAGUCGUGGUAUUGGAGAGUCUGGGGCUGGGUAACGAAAUAG